UGACCAACUCUCCCCUCUCUCUCUCUAAUCUUUCCUCACCGGAAGAAGUCUUAGCCCAAAAGGCUUGAUUGCUUGUACAAAUAUUUAUACAUUGGCAUGCCUCGUCUCAUGAGCUAGAGAGAAAGAGAGAAGGGGAAUACAAGCCAGGAAAGGGAAAUGGAGAAAGCCAUCAACAGGCAAAGAGUCCUCCUCCAGCAUCUCCGUCCCUCCUCCGGCUCCGAUGACCGUCCGGCGCUCACUACUUCGAUUUGUGCUGCUGGGGACAGCGCAGCAUACCAGAGGAGUUCUUGUUUCGGAGAUGAUGUUGUUAUCGUCGCUGCUUGUCGGACUGCAAUUUGCAAGUCCAAUCGAGGGGGCUUUAAGAAUACACACCCUGAAGACCUGUUAGCACCUCUUCUUAAGGCAUUGUUGGAUAAGACCAAAGUCAACCCAAGUGAAGUUGGUGAUAUUGUUGUCGGUACUGUAUUGGCACCUGGAUCCCAAAGAGCAAUUGAAUGCAGGAUGGCAGCAUUUUAUGCUGGUUUCCCUGAAACUGUUCCUCUCAGAACGGUGAACCGGCAAUGUUCAUCUGGACUUCAGGCUGUUGCUGAUAUUGCUGCUGCUAUUAAAUCUGGGUUUUAUGAGAUUGGUAUUGCAGCUGGGAUGGAAUCUAUGACUGUAGAUAAAAUUGGCUGGAUUGGGCAAACUAAUCCUAGAGCAGAGAUGUUUGCACAAGCCAAAGACUGCCUUCUUCCCAUGGGCAUGACUUCUGAGAUUGUUGCAGAGCGUUAUGGCAUAACACGACAGGAGCAAGAUCAAGCUGCUGUUGAAUCUCAUAGGCGGGCAGCUGCAGCAACUGCUGCUGGCAAAUUUAAGGAAGAAAUCAUUCCUGUUACUACAAAGAUCAUAGACCCAAAAACUGGAGAGGAAAAGCAAGUCAUAAUUUCUGUGGAUGAUGGAAUUCGACCAGACACAUCAAUGUCUGUUCUUGCAAAACUAAAACCAGCAUUUAAGAAGGAUGGGAGCACAACUGCUGGCAAUGCUAGUCAAGUGAGUGAUGGUGCUGGAGCAGUGCUUCUCAUGAGAAGAGAUGUUGCAAUGCAAAAGGGACUCCCAAUACUAGGAGUAUUCAGGAGCUUUGCUGCGGUCGGAGUGGAUCCUGCUGUAAUGGGAAUUGGUCCUGCAGUUGCAAUACCUGCUGCAGUGAAAGCUGCCGGUCUUCAAAUUGAUGAUAUUGACCUUUUUGAAAUUAAUGAGGCAUUUGCCUCCCAAUAUGUAUAUUGCUGCAAAAAGCUGGAGCUAGAUCCUUCAAAAGUAAACGUUAAUGGUGGUGCUAUGGCUUUUGGGCAUCCAUUGGGUGCUACAGGUGCCCGCUGUGUGAGCACUCUUCUAAAUGAGAUGAAGCGCAGAGGCAAGGACUGCCGUUUUGGAGUGAUUUCUAUGUGCAUAGGUUCUGGCAUGGGAGCUGCAGCUGUUUUUGAGCGAGGAGAUGUGGUAGAUCAACUCAGUAAUGCCAGGAGGAUCCAGUCCAACAACCAGUUGUCCAAGGAUGCCAUGUAGCCUUCAACCUUGAUGAGUUUAUAACUGCGUAGUGAAGUAUUGCCUUUAUACUGCAAGCUUUGGAAAGUGAUAAACGUCCUCAUCAACUGUAAUUGUCCUUUGCAAAAAUAAUAAGCAUCGUAGAGAGUUAGGUGAUACCCUGCCUUAAAGUUGGUUAAUGAGCCUCCAUAGACCAUCCAUUGUUUGGACAAUGAUGUAUGUCUUAUUGAUUAUAAGGAAUGCCCUUUUUCUCUGGUUAUUGGCAAA